AUGAAGAGCAAGCACUGUAUUUGGGUUGAAGAUCGACAAGUAAAAGAGGCCAAUUUUUCUUCUUUUUUUGAGCAAAGCCAACUCAAAAGAUGCUUGGGAGACAAACCAUUAGGGCACAAUUGGAAAAAACUUGAAAAGGAAGUUGAAAUUUUCAGGGAGAGAAUUGAAGACAUGGAAAUGAAGACAGAGCAAAGCAAUGAGAUUUUGUCUAAAUUCUUGGAGUCUCUUUCAUCAGCAAAUGUGAGCUUGGAAAGGAUCAUAAAAAAUGUGGCUGUAGAAAAAAUUGAUGAUGAUGAUGAUGGCAAGUUCAUUAAAGGCAUAGAAAAGACUGAUUCAAUGAGUUUGGAAUUGGAAUUGACUGAAGAGCUAUUGGUAGUUACAAGACUUGCUUCUGAGGCUGAAGAGAAGGUGAAUGAGUACAAAGAAUUGAGGAAGAAGGAGAAGAGGGAGUUGGAGAAUAGUGUGGUGAGUUUGACAGAGGAGAAUAGAGAUACCAACAGUUUGCUGAGAGCAGCCUUGUUGGAGAAGGAAGCUGUGGAGAAGAGGUUGAAGGUGAAUAGCGAGCAGAAGAGAGUUGCCCUUUUGCAGAUUGCGGAGCGAGGUUUGCAGAGAGUUGGUUUUGGGUUUAUGAUGGGAAUUGGGAACACUUAUUUCCAGGAUUUUGAUGAGGCAUCAACUGUGGAGAGGAUAAUGAAGAAUUUACGGCUUGAGAUAACUAAGUUGAGGCGAUCUUUGGAAGAAUCCAGACAUCGAUUGCAGAGUCUUACAGAGAAACAAGCUCAAAUUAUUGAAGAAAACAAGUUAUACAUCAAGGAGUUAGAGGAAAGAGAGAGAAUUGUUUUUAAAAAUGAGUUUAAUGUAUACAAUUAG